AUGAUCGAGAAGCAGGAUUUGGAAGGAGGCGAUCCGAAUUCAGAAUGUAUGAAACAGCCAGUAGAGUUACCCGUCCUGCCAAAGUCACUCACACUAGAAGAGAAGAAAUACCUUUUAGCCGUAGAGCGUGGAGACAAAGUUAACGUUAGAAGGAUACUUCAAAAAGCUCAUCGCAGAAAGGAUAUAGACAUGAACUGCGUAGAUGCAUUGGGUCGUGGAGCUCUCACUUUGGCAAUAGAUGGUGAAAAUCUGGAGAUGGUUGAGCUUCUUAUCGUCAUGGGCGUGGAAACCAGGGACGCACUCCUGCAAGCUAUCAAUGCGGAAUUCGUGGAGGCUGUUGAACUACUGCUUGAGCAUGAAAAAUUAAUCCAUAAACCAGGAGAACCAUACAGUUGGCAAAAAGUUGAUCCAAACACGGCGAUGUUUACUCGGGAUAUCACGCCACUGAUGCUCGCAGCACACAAGAACAACUACGAAAUCAUAAAGCUUCUGCUUGAUCGGGGAGCAACCUUGCCCGAUCCUCAUGAUAUUAGGUGUGGGUGCGACGAAUGUAUCUGUAAUUCUACGGAGGACUCCCUUCGGCACACCUUGGCACGUCUCAACGAGUAUCGAGCCCUCGCAUCUCCUUCCCUCAUAGCAUUAUCUUCCACUGAUCCCAUUCUCACCGCUUUUGAGUUGUCAUGGGAGCUCCGGAAUAUGGCUUUUGCUGAACAGGAGAGUAAAUCCGAAUAUUUGGAACUACGUCGCCAAGUUCAGAAGUUUGCUGUUGAUCUUCUGGAUCAGUCACGAAGCUCGCAAGAGCUGGCUGUUAUUCUUAAUCAUGAUUCAAAGGAAGCGCCAUUCAUUGAAGGCGAACAUAUGAAGUUAUCAAGGCUGGAGUUGGCGAUCAACUUUAAACAAAAGAAGUUUGUAGCGCAUCCAAACAUUCAACAGCUGUUGGCUUCCAUUUGGUACGAAGGAGUACCAGGUUUCCGUCGGAAAUCAGCUAUCGCGAAGGUCAUGACCAUAUUUCGCGUCGCAUUACUUUUCCCGUUCUACUGCAGCCUGUAUAUGAUAUCACCCAACUGCAAAAUCGGCAAGCUGGUGAGGAAGCCCUUUAUGAAGUUCUUGAUCCAUGCAUCGAGUUAUCUGUUCUUUCUUUUGAUUCUAAUUCUGGUAUCACAACGCGCUGAAGUGCAACUGGUUCAAGUAUUCGGAUCUGAACAGAUGGUCAAAGAUCUCAAUAAAGAACUUUUAAAACAGAGAGGGAACGUACCUACGUACUUGGAAAUUGCAGUUUUUAUUUAUGUUUUAGGUUUCAUCUGGGAAGAGACACAGGAAAUUUACGUAGAAGGAAUCCGUUCUUAUCUCCGAAACUUGUGGAAUUUUAUCGAUUUCACACGCAAUUCCCUUUACGUCGCUGUGGCGCUUUUACGUUUUGUGGCUUACAUUCAACAAACAGCCGAAAUAAAAAGGAACCCACAAGUCAGAUUUAUUCCAAGGGAACAGUGGGACGCGUUUGACCCUCAGCUUAUAGCAGAGGGGUUGUUUGCUGCUGCGAAUAUAUAG